UUCAAAAUGGCUGCGUUGAAGAAGCGAAGCGCAAGUGUUGACAAUAUAGGGCAUUUUUACUAUGAUUGGGCCCUCUCAAGAUAUAAAUGGAAACCUCAAGAUAUUCAAAAACAGCAAAGUAAUCAAGAAAUGCCAGAAAAAUCAUCUGAUGAAAAUGAAAAGGGUAUACAGAGAAAGAAAUAUGAUSGUGAAGUUGUCAAUGUUAUGAACAAUUUCAUCCCUCUUGGAUUAAAUGAACAAGAUAACAUCAAGAAACCAUUGCAAAACAGAGAUGUCAAUCAACCAAUUAAGGAAGAGAGAGUUCCUAUUAAACCACAAGGACAUCAAGUUCAUCAAGAUGACCCAGUUAGGAUGACAAGUGAUCCYUCAGAACCAGAAGAUGAAACCUUAGAGAUUACACAGAGUCAUUCAUCAAUGAUGAGUGUAUUAUCAACUCGUUUACUACGACUUCGAGCUGCUGAAACUUUGUGGCAUAAGGAUACAAAUGAAUUUUUAGAGUAUGUUCUAAGGUUAAAAGAUGAUUCUUUACUAGUUGAUGUUUUACCGUUCCUUACAAGCAGGGUUAAGGAUAAUGCUCCUGAAGGGACAGGACUAUCAAUGGGUGCAUGUUUGGAGAUGUUACCAGCUUUAGAGAGAUUGUUAGGAUCUAAAUUUGAAGAUUACAUAAUAGUUGCACUAAACAUGAUAAGAGAGAUGAUUAAAAGGUGGUGGAAUCAACUCAAAGUUGCUAACAGUAAAGCCAUUAACCCAGAACAUUAUCGAUGUAGCAGGAGUGUAAGUGGUCUGUACUUGGCUAUGGUGUCAAUAUCUGCUAUUGUUGCUAGACUAAAAGAAAGAAAGGGUCGUGUAGCAGAGAAAGCCUUGAUUGUGUCAAGGCUACUAGAUCUUCUCUGACUUUAUCCAACAAAUAUUUUGGGUUUUCUUUGUAAAAUACUGGAUUAUUUUAUUGUUGAAUAAAGUGGAAUAGAAUGAAAUGGAGUGAAGAAAUAAAAUCUGUCAAAUAUUUACAAAACAUCAAGGUAGUCAAAUAGGCACAAGGAGUCAGUGGAAAUAAAAUGGUGGUGUGAUUUUCUUGCUCUUCCUCUAACACGUAAUUUGUUUUCAACUUUUCAAACAAAUUUUAUUUAUGGAGUCUUGUGUAUGUAACUUUUUCAAAAAUUGAUUGUACAUAGCAUUAAUAUAUUAACCAAUGAUUUGAAUUAGAUUAAUAUAUAUGUAUCUAAUGAUGUAUUUCUUUGAGUUAUUCACAUACAGUCAAUAUUCCUGGAAAAUGUAUAGUAAUGAACAGUGGAAUAAGAAUACUGUUAAUAAAAUAUUGUAAAACAA